AUGGCAGAUAGCGAUGUUUCAACGGAUUGCUCAUCUCCUAAAAGAUAUACAGAUGAAGAAACUGACCAGCAGAUCCUGAAAUGGGCGGGAAAGCUGGAAUUAGAGUCGAUGGAUCUACGCGACAAAUCUUCGAAGCUUUUACAGGCUUUGCAGGUAAAUUCGGAGCAUCUGAAAGAUUCUUGUGAGAAGAUAAGCAUAGCGACUUGUGGGCUCAAAAAUGGGAAAGAGGUGCAAGAACAGCUACAGGACGCGAAAGAACAUUGGAAGUGCCUAGAAAAAGGUCAGAACGAGAGCGCAACAAAUCUCGGAAAGUUCGAAAAACGACUGGAAGAUAAAAUCGCAAAAUUCGUUUCAUCGCACUCCACAGACUUCGCCAAAGCAGUUACAGAUGUGCAGAGCGCAUUGGUUAUUCUGUCGCGACAAUCCGAGACGCUAUCAAAAGUAAUGCUGUCUAUGUCAAGUGACACACAACGGGUUUCAGAGCGUCAAUUGCAGCUGGAGCAACAGGUACGCGGUUUAAAAACAAAUCUCGUUACAUGGCGGGAAGAAACAGCUAGGAUAAAAAGCAGGGACAUAGGUUAUAAAAACUGUUGCAAAAUAACGAAACCCGUAUCACCAGUUUCGUCAAGAGAACAAAUGCGCCGCAAGAGGACCCAAACGUCGGCCGCAACGCGUUGGAUUAUACCCUGGGAAGAAAUCUCCGAUUCAGAAACUUUACUGUCAUCAGAGUUGUAG